CUCAGCCCGCUUCAGCGGGCCUUCAACUCCUUUUUACUGUCGAUGCCAUCUCAACAGUUGGAAGAGCUGGUUGCGUAUCUGCAAGCCCGUGAGAACCACCAGCCCAAAAGCCAUGCUGGACAUGGCAACCAGACGCCAACCGAUUACGCUACGUCUGACAAUACAGUUUUGGGGGGCACAGCUCUGAGUGCCCGUCGUGGCUCUGCUGCUUCCACAAACAACACUUCCAAGUCUUCGGCUGCCCGUAGACGUGGCCGCGAUAAGCCACUGCGUCCCCUAAACAGCUUCAUUGCUUUUCGAAGCUUCUACUCGACCAUGUUUCCCGACCUUACUCAGAAAGCCAAGUCUGGAAUCCUCCGCUUCCUGUGGCAAAACGACCGUUUCAAAGCCAAAUGGGCUAUCCUGGCCAAAGCUUACUCAAAAAUCCGCGACGAGCACGCUGAUUCAAAAGACGUCUCUUUGGAGAGCUUUUUGAACCUCAAUGCUGGAUACAUCGGUAUCCUUCAGCCAAGGCUCUACCUUGAGGCAAUGGGCUGGGAAUUGACUGUUGACGAAGAACAGCAAUACACCAUGGCCAGAGUUAGCCCAACGACUACAAGCGAAGCGGACGUCUCUACCAACUAUUCUGUCAACGACAUCAUCAAACACUGUUAUGACACUGGCUAUGUCUCCCACAAAGACCGAUCAAAGCGGACGAGUUGCAACAACGAGGCCGUUAUGUCUUUCGUUGCUCAGCCGUGUCAGGCUGUCAAUGAGAAGAGCAACAUCCAAAUUUCCGGUGCCAAUACUUUUGUUGACAAUGCUGGCGACGCAAGUGACGUGAUCAAACGCUCCGUCGAAGAGCAAGCGGAAGACACUCCAACUCCCGCCUGCAGCGAUAUCAGCUCGGCCCUCGACGAACCUUCUCUGCCUUCUGUCGAAGCACUGCAUGGACAGAACUCCUUCCGGUUUAUGGAUGACCUCGGCAUCGAAUUUAACUUCGACCUUUUUAGCAACAACAUGACAAGCCAAGACGUCCAAUACAACACUUUUAUGCCGCCCUUCCAGCGAGCGCCGUUUGAUCAAGGAAACGCCUCAUACAUUCCCGGAACGAUACAAACCAUGGAGUCCUUUGACUUCGAUCAAUUUGUCAAUUUCUAG